AUGACUACGUAUAUUGUUGUCAAAUUAAGCAACAAAUUAUUAUGGAAAAAAAAAACAAUAAUACUAUUUUUGAUAUUAGCCAGUUUAUGUAACUUAUUAGUACUGUUUGGAUUAUAUGAGAGAAGAAUAUCAGUUUUAACUGCUGCUAUUUACGUUGCUCUCAGUAGAACUGUAUGGACAAUUGGUAUUGCAUGGCUAUUAAUUGCAUGUUGCACAAAUAAUGGAGAACAUUAUUUAAUUCCAUCUGGUACGGUCAUUGAAGUGAAUAUUUACAGCGUGAACAGAAAUCCAGAAUAUUGGCCAAAUCCAAAUGUUUUUGAUCCGGACAGAUUUUUACCGGAAAAUAUCAAGAGAUGUCAUCCCUAUUCCUACAUACCAUUUAGUGCGGGGCCUAGAAACUGUCAAAAAUUUGCAAUGCUUGAGCUCAAACUAUUUGUAGCUUUUAUGUUGUAUAAUUUUGAAUUAGAACCAGUGGAUGAUGUAGAUGACGUUACAUAUUUGGCAGGUGUGACUUUACCCCCGUCUAAACAACUGCGAGUCAAAUUUAUACCAAUUGUACGAUCCGAAAGGAUCGUACG